AUGAGGUUGCUGCAUACCAAAUCUCAAAAGCUCUUCGAAGCCAGCGAUGUCCCUGUUCCAUUUCCACCAUAUGCUAUUCUGUCUCAUACCUGGAUAUCACCUAAAGAUGAAAUUACGUACCAAGAUAUGAAAACAAGAACCGAGGACAUCAAGAAAAACGUGUACAAACAAAAGGGUUGGUCAAAAUUAAAAGAUUAUUGCGACCGCGCUUGCAAAGAUGGUUGGGAAUGGGCUUGGAUGGAUACCUGCUGCAUCGACAAGACUAAUCCAGCUGAUACUCAAGAAGCUAUCCAUGCCAUGUUCCGAUGGUACCAAAAUGCCGGUGUUUGUUAUGCUUAUCUGAGUGACGUGGGCUUUGUCUCUCCUUCUGAGGCUACGGAUCUUGAUUCCAGCAUGAACAAUCUUCGAACAGCCGUUAGGAAUGAAUUCAUCGGCGCUAAAUGGUUCACCAGAGGCUGGACGCUCCAAGAGCUUCUCGCUCCGCACUAUCUCAUUUUUGUCGACCGCCAGUGGCACCAUAUGGGUACUCGAGAAAGCUGGGCUCUUGAGAUCGAGAAAGCUAGUAAGAUAGAAGCACGUCACCUGAAUGCCUUCAACCCGACAGACUUUGUGUCUUGCUCGACAGCGAUGAGAUUCUCGUGGGCUUCGGGCAGGGAAACGACGGUUGAAGAAGAUGAGUCAUACUCUUUGUUGAGUCUCUUUGGCAUCAGUCUCCCUCUUAUCUAUGGUGAAGGGGGAAGACAGGCUUUCAACAGACUGCAGCGUCAGCUUAUUCAUGUCUAUCACGACGACUCGGUGUUUGCCUGGAAAAGCUCCCAGCCAGAUCCCAAGCCAGGGAUCGGGAUACUUGCCCGCUCAGUAAAGGACUUUUGGAAUGCUUCGAAAGUUACAGCAGGACAAUACGGCAAUGCGUACUCCAUGACGAACAGAGGCCUCGAAAUCACUUCCAAGUACUGGAGGCAGCGAAGCAAUCCCAAGGGCGUAAUCGUACGUCUCAAUUGUAAAAUUGGGACCGCCUCCGACGCCGAGAACAAAGAGAGCGGGAUAUAUCUCACCCACGACUCUGUGGCCAACGUCUACCAUCGGGAACGCAUUCAUGAGCUCUGCGAUAUAAGCCAACUUAAUCUCAGUGAUUGGUAUGAAGAAAAAUGUCGCGAGGCUCUCUUCAUACGCGCCGAUAACCAUUUAGAGCCGGCCGCGCUUUCAGCCAUGUUCGUGGUAGAAUUUCCCGAGCAAAUCCAAAUCGUCAAAACACAUGCCACAACCUUUGAACAUUCUUUCACAACCCGCGGCAUACAGCCCUUCAGGAAUCUCACGAAUGGGUCGUUGGCAAAUGGAAUUAGAACGAAAGAGCUGUCUAUUGAGCCGAAAAGUGUAGUCUUCCUUAGCAUCGAGCUCGAAGAAGAGGGUACCAAAUUACAAUUUGAUGUAAUUAUCAACCUCACAGAAAGUUGCUUCCCUUAUGCAGGGAUUCUGGGAAGGAGUGUACUGCCAUGGGAAAGGCUGGGAGAUCCAAUGGAUGACGCUACAAGCAACGCCAUGUACAAUGCAUUGGCAAGUCAUAUCCAUCGAACUCACCCGUCGGACUCAACAUACCCGUUGACCAGCACGACUAGAAUGGGUAGCCGGUUGAUAUCUACGAAUAUCCUUCCCAAGCCUCCGCGAAAGAAUGCACACAAUCGAGGACGCAACAUUGCAUCGAGAGAAUACAUGCUGAGAAUCCCAGUUUCUCAGUAUGAGAACACUACUGAACGAGGUACAAGACUAAGGCCUCUAAAUGGGAACGCGAACGCUGCAAAAAGACAAAGGGUAUCGUAUUGA